AUGGACGCCAAAACUAAGACACAAUCCCUGAGAAAGGGCAAGAAAGCAUGGAGAAAGAACAUCCUUGUUGACGACAUCAACCUGGCGUUGGACGCCAACAGGGAGAGACAGGUGUUGCAUGGGGACGACACAGAUGGCGAUUUCGUCAUUGAUACCGAGGGCUCCAGUAGGCCGAAAAAUGCCGUGUCCGUCUUGAAAACCACCGAGAUUCUUGCCAACAAAUCUAAGGUGCCAGCACUCGCCUCCAGGAAAACCAAACUGAAGGUCAGCAAGGCGCGGGCGGAGAAGUUGAUGAUUUUGGCCGGCCGUCUGGCCACGGGGUCCAAGGGCAAAGCCCGUACCGACACCGAGGGCCUUGUAAAGGGCUCCAAUGUGGACUUGUGGGCCGAAGAUGACACCAGUGCCAGCAAAAAGAUAAACGAGCCCACUAGGAUCUCGUUCACCAAGGCCAGCAAAGCCCCGGCCACGUUGAAACACCAGCCGUUGCAUCUCCACACCGAAGCCGAGGUGGACGAUUUGGUGCAUGCAGGCAAGUCUUACAAUCCGUCUGUAGAGGCGUGGAAGAGCUUGGUUGACCGUGAGUACGUGCUGGAGAACGACGCUCAGAUGAAGGUGCAGGCUUUAGAGCAGGAGCAGGAGCGCAUCCAGCACUUGAUGGAGACGCUCAAGGACGACGAGUUAGAUGGUGGCGAAUCUUCUGCCGAGGAGGACGUGGCAGAGCCCGAGGACCCGGAGGAGAAAUACAGACUCUCGGUCAACGAGCGCACCGAGGUCAAGCGGAAAACACGCACACAGAAAAACCGCGAGGCCAGACACAAGCAGCAGCUCGAGCUUCUGAAGAAAAUGAGGGAGUUGAAGUCGCAACUCCGAGACCUCCAGAACUUGCUGGCGAUCCAGCAAGAGGUGGCCGAGAAGGCUGCCUUGCAGGACCAAAAGCCUCGCGUGCCCAAGAAAUAUAAGAGCCACAGCAAGCACGAACCGCUGUUUACGCCCAUCGAAGUGAAAUUGCUGGACGAGUUGACGAACAACUUGCGUGCGGUGAAGCCAGAGGGCAACCCGUUCUACGAGCAAAUGUACAAGUUGCAGAUGUCCGGAAAGGUCGAGGCCCGUGUGCCCGUGGCGCCUAGAAAACGUUACAAACAGAAGCUCACGGAGAAGUGGAGCUACAAGCAGUUUAAGUGA